UCACCCCGAGACGACACACUCACCACAGACAUUCAUCUGGAAACGGCACCAACACCAGAAGAACCAUUCGCAGAAGUAAUCUUAAGUCAACUUUAAAAAAAAAAAAAUCAGCUUUAAUUCCGCGGGUUUGCUUGCUGCAGUGAGAAACCAGCGAAGACACGCAGGUUUUGUUUGUAAAAAAAAAAAAAAAAAAAAAAAAAAAAAUGUGUCAGGUCAAAAAGCUGAGAAUGUUGAUGGAGCAGCGACUACAUUCUGUCGUGGAAGAAAUAUUUGGACUGUUUGAAAGAACCAUAGCAGAGUACGAGGAGGAACUUUCUUGGACGAAAGAGGAAAAAUAUCGACAACAAGAACUACUCGAUGCUGUUUUCAAACCUCAAGAGGUGCUACAAAGAGCAGACGUCCAGCAGGUGUCAGCAGAGAAUCAAGAAGAGAUUACCUCCGAGCAGCAGGAGUGGAGCUCCAGUGAGGGGCAAAAGGAGCGAGAGGCCCCCUCCCAUAUUAAAGAGGACGAUGAGGACCCGUGGGAGCAGCUUCAAAGGUUGGAAGAGGCUAAUGAUGAAUAUGGAGCUCAGUCCUUACAGGCUCAUCACAGUCAAAGUGAGGAGAACAGAGGGGCGGAGCUUCUAACUCAACACACCACAGAAGCUGAUGGAGAGCAUUGUGAAGAUAUGAACUCAGAACCAGACAGCAUCUUUGCUCCACUGUCAGAUAUAGACAUCACGUCAGACUCUUCUGAGAGCGAUCACAGUGACGACGUUCAAAAGUCUUCGAAGAAGAAUAAGAAAUCUAAAGAUGUUAUGAGACAUCAUGCUGACAAAAAACACUAUAAUUGUUCUGAAUGUGGGAAAUCAUUUAGACAUAAGAAUCAUUUUACAGCACACAUGAGAAUACAUACUGGGGAGAAACCUUUUGCUUGCUCAGUUUGUUCCAAAAGAUUCUCUACAAAGGAGGCCCUGAAAAAACACAGAAAUGUACAUAGAGCGGAGAAAGCUUUUGCUUGCUCAGUGUGUUCAAAAAGACUGUCUUCUCAAUAUUACCUUAGAAGACACAUGAUGAUACAUAAAGGGGAGAAGCCCUUUCCGUGUUCAGUUUGUCCUGAAAGAUUUAAGACUGAAUCACAAAUAAUAUUACACAUGAGAACACACCCUGGAGAGAAACCCUUCACCUGCUCUGUUUGUAGCAAGAAGUUUGGCAGUAAGGGGAGUAUGACCUAUCACAUGAAAUCACACACGGGGGAGAAGCAAUUUACUUGCCUACUUUGUCCUAAAAGAUACACGAAAAACGCUGAUUUGGUGGCACACAUGAGAACUCACACUGGGGAGAAACUGUUUAGUUGCAACAUAUGCGAUACAAGGUUCAGAUAUAAGUAUCAGCUCAAAAGACACCAAUAUUCAGCAGACUCGGAUGCUGUUGGGGAGUGUGGCUCCUAUGUUAGAGCAGUCAUUCAGAAUUCGGAGGGUUCCUGAUAUGAAUCGAGCUUUUGCCGUCCUAGUCCCUUCACUUGUGUCCUUGGGCAAGACCCUUUACCCACCUUGCUACCAGUGCCACAAAAACCGGUGUAUGAAAGUUUGUGGCGGGACAAAACACAAUAAGUAUUUAAGCAGAAGCAAUUUCCUUGCCCGAUUUGCCCUAAUACAUACACAAGUAACUUUCCUUUUAAGACACACAUGAGAACUCACACUGGGGAGAAACUGCUUGGUUGCGAGGUCUGCAAUAAAAGGUUCAGAUAUAAGUAUCAGGUCAAAAGACACAAGUGUGCAACAGACUUGGACGCUGUUGGGCAGUGUGGCUCAGGUGGUAGAGCAGUCAUCCAGAAUUUGGAGGGUUCCUGAUGUGAAUCGAGCCUCUGCCGUCCAAGUCCCUUUACUUGUGUCCUUGGGCAAGACACUUUACCCACCUUGCUCCCAGUGUCACUCACACCGGUGUAUGACAAUUUGUGGCGGGACAAAAAACAGUAAGUAUUUAAGUCUGCAGGGACUUAAAUACAAUCAAACUGUGAUUGUUUUGUUUUUUGUUUUUUUUGUCCUGUCCAGCUUCUCAGGCAAAUCAUAUAGUUGAUGUAGAUGCCCAUGUCGGCUGUUCAGAUUUACUUUGCAAAAGAGAAAUGUAGGAUACUUCUCUUGUUGCCUUAUUUGUAUUUGACUUUAUUAAAUGUAUUUAUAUUAUCAUUUAGUGCAGCCGGGCCGGAGCAGGAGGGGAUAGAAAGAGAGAAAAAAAGAAGACAGAGGGGGAAAUCGUGUGGACAAGAGGGGGAUUAGACAGAGAAACAAAAACAACAACAGCAAACAACAACAAUAGAGCAACAUCAGCAAAUACGACAUGUACAAAUAUGAUGGUAAAAGUAAUAGCAAAUAAGCAGUUAGCGAAAAUAAAAAAUAAUACAGAAAUGACAAUGAGCAUUAUUACACUACAAAUGGAGCAUUACAAAUACCAAUAGAAAUAGCGCUAUUGAUAAUGAACAAUACCAAUAAUUUACCUUUAUUAUCAACAACACAGGUGUUCAAAUGCAACAAUACACAUACGUAAUGAUAACUUGAGAUACGAAAGAAUGCAGAAAAAUGUUGGGGGAGAAAGAGAAGCAACCUACAUUAACCUUGUAGAUUGUUAUAGUAACAAUAGGUUAAGCUUUGUUCGUGUGCCAUGUGUUAUACCCAGUUUACCCUAGGGCAACAACGUUAAUAUAUGUUUUGAUGAAACGUGAUUAUGUGCAAACACAUAAUCACGUUUCAAACUGUGAUUGUGAUUUCAGGUGGUGUUUUUAAUUUUGGAGUGUUCUAUGUUCCCCUACCCCACCCCCUCUAAUUACUUCUACAUUUGUAUUCAGCAUUUACUAAAUACUUAAGGUACUUUAUUUCCUCGUUGUUAGUCCACAUUUUUUAUUUUGCCCUUUUUUUUUAAAUCCCACUUUUUUUCCCCACAACAUUCUAUUGAUUUUUUUUCAUUCCUCAAUGAAUAAAACUGUAUACAAUAUUUGGACUUAAGCCAAUGACAAAAUGAAAUCAUGGGUGGGUGUGUCUGUCCUUUGCACCGCCAGUUGUUCACUUCACCACAGCUUUU